AUGGAAUCUCCAAAACAACCGCGAAGUUCGUCGGGUCUCACAGCGGGAAUUAUGAAAACAACAAUGAGUUUGAAGCGAAGUUUCAGAUUCAAAAAGGUGAGUCUCUCUCGUUGCCCUGUUCCAAAAAUUUUACUGCAAAAAUCCUGAUAAUCUUCUCUGAUUAUUUUUCAGCAAACAAAUUUUUUUGUCAGGCUUCACAUUUUUAAUUCUAUAUAUUGCUGGCAAUUUUUGAAAAAGUCCACAAAAACACAUCAUUUUCUGCGAAAAUCUGUGUGUUUUGCGCGGAUUUCUUUUCGAGAAAUCGAAUUUUCUUUAUAGCAUACUUUUUUAUUCACAUCAUCUACGUAGAAUCUGAAUUUCAGGAUUACUGUAGGGUUUGGGGGAGGAUUCUUGAGCUGUGUUUUGCUCAUUAUUAUAAAAUUAGAAUUUAUGUUUAUGUAUAUGUAGAUUUUUCUAUUUUUAUAUUCCCCUGGAAUUUUUUUUUUGAAAUAAAAUAACAAUUUUAGAAUACAGUGACCUGUUUUUUUUUCAGAACUACAGUGUUUACAAUUUUCGUAUCUAUUUUGCUUGAAAAAAAACUACGGUUGAUUCAAAUAAUGUGCUAAGCUACAGUCUAGGCAAAAAUUAUAUGAAUUAUUUUGGCAUCAAUUAAAAAGCUGAAGAUCAAAUGAUCAAACUACAUUUUUGGUUUUAUGUUUUUUUUGCAUAAAUGAGUGGAGAUCAAAAAAUCAAAUAUUAAAAUUUUGGCUUUUUCCAAAUCUAUAGAUCAAAAAUUGAAAAGGAAAUUGGAAUAUUUCAACACGUUACAGUAACCCGAUAUGUUUUUAUGAAUAUUUCAUUUGAUUUUUUUAAUCUAGCCACCCACUUCUGACCACGUGAACAAAACAAAACUCGCAAAACGAAUUUAAAGGGUUUUGUCAUUUUUCUCAACAACACAAAAAAAGUGAAUUGAAUUUUCCACGUCCCAUCUACUUUUUUUUCUUUUUUUCUUCAAUGAAGAAAAAAGCUCAUCAGUUUAACGUAUGAGUGAGUGACAAGAAAAGGAGAAGAAGAAGGAAUUUCGGGAAAAAAAAAGAAAAUUAGAAAGAAAAAACAGUGAGUUUUAUUGUUUUUUUUUCUUUGCUUGGAUAGAAGAAGAAGACAAAAAAAAGUUGGCUCUUUUUUUGAGCAGCUAUUUAAAUUUUUCUCAUUUGAAUUGGACUGGACUCUUUUUUCUUUUUCUCAGAAUUAUUUGAGAAUGAGAAAAUUGCGCUUGGUGUUUUUUUUUCUGCAAAAUGUACUGUAGUUUGAGGGUUUUUCGUUUUGGGUCUCAUAUCAAAAAAUGUUUGAUGAUUUAUAUUUUUUUGGAAAUUUAUUGCUGGCUGGAUUAGUAUGUACAUAUAAAAUAAAUUGGAGCGCAGAGAAAAUUAUUUUUGCAUGAAAAACCUAGAAUUGUUUUUCCUGAAAAUUGACGAAAAUAAAGUUUCAAAAUUUUUUGAAUUAUUCAUUUUCAAGUAGAACUCAAAUCGUUUCUAAAAUUCAAUUUCGAUCUUGAGUUGCGAGGUGCACAAUUUCAGAACAUCCAAAAAUUCUUUGUGUGUUCGCAAACUGAAUUUCACAAUAUUUUACUUCUGAUUCGUUUUCAGCGCGGUUUUUCACAAUGUUUCAUCAAAAAUUAGAUUACCGACCUUUUUACUUCCCUUGUGAGCUAAAUUGAAAAAAGUUCCAAAAAUUAUCGGUAAUUUUUUUUUGAAAAAUAAUUUCAUUAUCUAAUUUCGCUGCCAAAACUUUUUCUCGAAAAAAUCAAUUAUUCAUUUUUGUUUCAUAACCAAAUAAUUUUUAUUAGAAAAAAAUUCUUGCCCCUAAUUGCUCCUCAAAAAUCUCCCCAUUCUACCUUGCUCAUUUCAUUCAUUCAUAUUUAUUCAAUAAAAAAGAAAAAUACUUUGAUUCAAAAUUGACCAAUUUUAACGACCCAUAAUAAAAAAAACAAGAAAAACUCGGGGUUUGUAAUAAACCCCACCAUUUACCUUUUUAUUCUGCUCUGCCCAUUCUUUGUAUGAGCAUUCAAACAGUUGUCAUAAAAAAAAAAAAACGAAGGAUUGAGCCAGAAAAAUUGAUAACUUAUCAUAUUACGGAGCACGCUAGAAAACAUUAUUUAAUUUUUUUAUUUCAUAUUAAAUUUUUAUCAUGCUACCAAGUAUGUGUAUAGUGUUUUGAACUUUUUUUUUAAAUUUUUUUUUCUCACAUUCAGAGCAACAUCAUCACAGAUUAUCCACAUAAGAUCUGUUAUUUAUCGCAAACGAUGAGUUCAAUUUUAAUGUCCCUGGGGAACACUUUUUUUUGGGCAACAAUCAUCGCCUCCUCCUCCGCAACAACAACAAAAAAUAGGCAGAAAAAAAAAUGUUUUCUUCAUUUUUUUUUGUUCUGAAUUUUUUAUUUCGGCGAGCGAGAAAAUCUAAUUUUCUCAAGUGUCAAUUCAAUCUCUGACGUUGAGCGAAAUGAGAGGCGAAAAGAGCUCAUAACAAAAAAAAGUUUAUUAUUCCGCCGUAAUUUUUUCCUUGUUUUUUUUUGCUGAAAGGGACUGAGUUUCAGUUAGUCAGCAGAAAUCUGCUCAUAGUUUGCACUGACAAGGAAAUAAGUGAGAGAAAAAAAAUAAAUCACAUUUCAAAAGUGAAAACAUCAAAGAUUUAUUUUUGACUUGGCACCAAUUUAAUUUCCUUUGGAACUUUUUUUAAAGAAAAAUCAUUUGAGCUUUGAACAUUUGAUUUGAAUUGUUAAUUUUUUGACGUCAUGGAGUUAUUUUUGCCACGUGGAUUUUCAAUUCCUCAUUUCCAGUUGCUCAUGUUAGAUUUAUAAAAAUAUAAAGCAUGUUCCUUUAACUAACAAAAAUCAAAUAAUAGGAUUUAAUGAUGUGAUUCAGAAAAAAAGUGCAGACAUAUUUUUUUUCUGGUUUCUUGAGCCUUGAGCUUAAUGUUUGAUAAACUAAACUAAUCAUCGUUUCAAAAAUUAAAAUUUCUAACCAAAAUUUCAAAAAGUUUCUAAAACAACUCCCGUGUUGAUCCGUUGUACAAACAACACAAUUUCCAAGUUUUCUCACUUUUUUUUUAAUUCUCAAAAUUGUUUUUUGCAAAAAAAAUUGAAUUUUUUACAGUCUGAUGACAAUAGAAUGAGUUUCGAACAUCGUUCAGUGGUCCGACUCUUCAGCAACAGUUCAACCAACUCGAAUGGCUCUAGAAAAACAUCGGUUCCAUCGGCAGUGAUUGCAUCGGCGCCUUUGAUGUCUGCAGCGGUUGGAGAUGGACUUGGAGCGCAGCUUUGUGAGUUUUUGCAGGAGGGAGGGGAAUUUUAUUGAUCGGGAAAAGUUUAUUGAGCUCUAAUAUUUGAAAAAAAUUAAAAGUAAAUUGAAGUUUUAUAGAGCUCUAAAAAGCCCCAUGUUCCAGAAAAUAUUUGCAACUGAAUUCAUCAAAAUUAUUUUUACAAAAAGUGCAUCCAUGUUGAGAAAAAACUUCCAAAGAAAGAGCACGAAAGAAAAAUUGAGUUUAGUUUGGCGAAAAAUCGAAUGUCUCCUUUUUUGCUCCCCCCAUCUUCCUAUAAUUAUUGCACUUUUUUGUUUCUUUAUCUUUUCUUUUCUCCUGUUUUCGAGCUCAAUUUAGUCACUUUUUUUUCUUUUUUUCACUCACUCAGUCAGUCAGUCAGCAUAUCCUCUUUGAAUGAAUCAAGAGACAAUCUAAAUAGCCUCCUUAAUUUUUUCCGUUUCUGUUUUCUUUCUUCUUCUCCUUUCUUCUUGUCUCAGCUCACAUUUAGAAUUGUAAAUUUUUGCCUCGUCUUUCUUAAGGAUUCUUAUAAGAUUUCCUUUUCUCUUCAGCCUUUUUCACGGUGAAAAAAAAUACAAUUUUUUGCCGUCUGAUUUGAUUUUUGCGAGAGGAUUGUUAGACGAAAUUCAAUUUUUGUUCUCACUUUUUGAAUGUGAAGUGUGGAUUUGAGAAAACUUGAAUUUGAUUUUUUGAGAAGCUUCUAAAUUUUGUCUGAAUUCAUUUUAGAGAUUACUGUAAAAUUGAUAGAGUCUAAAGAUUUGAAUUUUCUUCCUACACCCUCUUACAUUUCGUUUUAUAGGCACAUUACAGUACUAGAAAUUUUUUAUGUUCAAAUUAAAGUUGAAUUUCAAAUUUCAGAAUUCAAAUUUUCAAAGAAAUGACUCCUUGACAUUCACAACCUCAAGGCAUCGCUCCUUGACAGAUAAACUUUCAAGGCGUCGCUCCUUGACAGAUAAACUCUCAAGGCGUCGCUCCUUGACAGAUAAACGUUCAAGGCGUCGCUUCUUGACAGAUAAACUUUCAAGGCGUCGCUCCUUUACAGAGUGUUAGGAAAUAUGUAGUUCCUUGACACCCGCGCCCCCCCCCCCCCUUUUAAAUGAAUUUCAAAAACCUCUCUGAAAAAAAAAAUCCCAAUUCUGUUCCCAUCAAAAUACCAACAUUUCUAAUUCAGAUUUUCCAAGAAAUUCAUAAUAAUCCAGACUUCCUUCCGUUUUCAUCCAUGUUUCCAUGCAGAUUCGAAUAUUUAUGUAUUUGUCAGUCAUGUCAAAAAAAAACUUCUUCUUCUUCUUCUCCGUUUUUUUUUCAUAUUAAUUCAUGCAGAAAAUUCGCUUUUGUUCUUGUGAAGCCAGAUUUCUACAAAGAUAGGAGGAUUUUAUUUUUUUUUGGAGAACACAAAAAAUUAUUGUUUUUACUUUGAUUUCUGAUCAAUUAUCUAGAAAAACCUGUUUUUACUGUUGUGUUGUAUCUUUGAAAAAUAGAAAAAAAAUGCAGAAAAAAUAUGACGAGAAAAAAAACAAUGAAUAUAUAAAAUAAUCGAAAUUGGUUGUCAGACUUAUAUUUGUCUGACACAAAAAAUCUAUGUUUUUGAGCUAUUAUGAAAAGCAAGCUGUCUAGAAAAAAAAGUUAUAGUAUUUCCUUCCCUCCUCGAUUCCAUGAAAAAAAACAACAAAAAUAAAAAUAAUAAAUAUGUAUAUACAUCUUAUAAUUGUUUUUUUUGUGUGUCAUUCAUUUUGUUAGUCACAUUUCAUUUCAAUAUAUUAUUUCUCGCCGCCUGCCUUAUAUUUCAACAAUUUUUUUUUUUUGAAAAGUUGUUUUUUUUUCGUGGAGGAGGGGACCAAAAUGAGAAAUUUCCACGGCAAAACAGACCUUCUCAAAUUUCGAAUCAUGUUUCUUUCUUUUCACACAUUCUGCGUUCUUUUUUAAAUUUUCUUUCAACAAAAAUUUAAUUUUUUUUUCAAUUUUUGCUCUCUGACUGAUCUUUUCUUCUUUCACGCCGCCGAAAAUUCUCAAAUUUCAUAAAGUUUUUCGGUCGGUUCUCAAAAAAUGUCAUUUACAUUCAUUUUUUGCUCAAUUUUUCUGAUAUCAUUUGAAAAAUUUUUUAUAUUUGAUUUUUGGAAAGAUAGCUCGAAAUGAGCUCAAAUCUUGGAGUACUGUAGAAGUUUUUCAUCAAAAAGAUAGAUGGCUCAAAAAAAAGCUCAAAUUUCUUUUUUUCUUUGAAAACUCGAAGAGGAAAGUUAGGGUACCUUAGGGUUACUGUAGUUCAAACAAAUCUGCAAAUUUAGCCUAGCCAAGAUCCCUAUAAGUUUAGCUACAUUUUAAUUAUAAUUUUGAAUAUGCAAAUUUUAAAGUUCAAUUUGGGAACAAUUUCAUGACGUAGAAAUAAAAGUUUGAUAGUUUGUGCUCCCAGUAAUUUUCUCAAGGCAUUACGCAUGUUUUUUCACAAAAUACAAUUAUCAUUCAAAAAAACCCAAAUGUCACUUUUCCUAUAAAAUUGAAAAAAAAAACUUUGAGCCCAAAAUUUUAUUUCCUCGACAUUUGUGUUUUAAAAAAUUUGUCAUCUAUCAAACCCAAAAAAUUGUCAUCAAAACCUUUUUUGCAUCAAUCAACAAUCAUGUAGAAACCCAUAUAGAUAACAAUGUUUUAUAUACACACAUACAUAAUUCUAGAGUACACAAAGCCAUACGAAGAAAUGUGCUAUACAACACAAGACAUCAAAAAAAAAAGAAAUCAUGCUCUUUUUCAUGGUUUAUGUCUUUUUUUGAAACAACCCAAAACAAUUAUUGAUUUUAGAUCAAAAAAUCUUCUUCUUCUUCUUCUUUUUUCACACACAUACAAAACACACACACAAAAAAAAGUUCACACAUUUUUUGAAAUAUGAUAAAGUUAUUAUCAUUCGACGCUUUUUGUCACUUUUUUUUUUGCUUUUUGCAAUACAUGUACAAUACAAUUUUAAUUUUGAGAAAAAAAAAACUUUUAUUUCAAAAGUAUCUGAUUCUCAGCGUGA